GGUACGCAUGCGUGGUGUGGUAUCUGUGACAUCCGGGUGCUGUAAUGAAGAUGGCGGCUUGUGUAUGAAGAGACAUCCAUGGUGCAGGAACUGUCUGUGAGACGCUGUAAUCAGUUUGCGUUAGGCACCUGAGCAGUCAUGUCAGGGGCUGGCAGUAAGAGGGCGUCGUUAGACGGCGGCUCAGGGCCCUCUGAGAAGAAGCCUAACCAUGAGGAAAAGACAACAACGACACUGAUAGAGCCCAUACGCCUUGGGGGCAUAUCUUCUACGGAAGAGAUGGAUAUGAAAGUUUUACAGUUUAAAAAUAAGAAACUGGCGGAGCGACUGGAGCAGAGACAAGGGGUUGAGGAUGAGCUGAGGGAGAAGAUUGAGAAGCUGGAGAAGAGGCAAGCGACAGAUGAUGCCACUCUGCUCAUAGUCAAUCGCUACUGGAGCCAGCUGGAUGAGAACGUUCAGCAGUUACUGAAGAGCUAUGAUGCGGAGCCAGCUGCACAGAGCGCCCCAGCAAGUGUGGCCCCUGAGGAGAAGGAGCAGCCUAUGGAAAAAGAGGGCGACACUGAGGGUUCACAACCACCCGCAGAGCAAGAUGGCAAAGGUGAGUCCUUGAGGUUCCCCUUGUAUCCAUUGUUAUCGUUGUCAUAUGAUCGCUGUGACUCGUGUUUAUUACCCGUAGCCUCAUUAUUAACCCUUGCACUGCUCUCUUCCAGCACAUAGCUCCGCAGCUUUUAU